ACGCGGCAACACCACCCACACGCUAAACUCCCUUCCUGGAACUAUAUAAGGACGGAGAGUGAAGAGAAGUGAAGGGUGUGGAAUUUUCUGAUCUCUGAAUCUGAAGAACUUGUUUUAAGAGAGAACGGAAAUCAAGUCUGCAAUUCCCUGUCGAAGCUGCCAUUUUGGAGACCCUGUGAGCUAUUUCUUUUGCUUCUUCCAUCCACGUCCAUUCAGGUAAAGUCAACAAACCAAGGUCUAGUUCGGGUUGAAGCAGAAAUUGCUAACAAUGAUUGCAGCAAUUGGUUCGUUGCUGUUGGCUGGAGCAAUUUUUAAAGCUAUUAGAACAUCUCCUCGGUAACGUCUUCUAAACAUUUACUCACUAUUUUUUGUUUGAUUUGCUGAUAACCCAAUAUUUGUUGAUGAUUUCUUUCUAUCUGAAGUUGUAAAGAUGAUGUUGACUCUACUUCCACGGCUUCUUCUUCUCACGUUGACACUCCUCCUCCUGCAACCAAGCACGAUGUAUUUCUUAGCUUUAGGGGGGAAGACACUCGUGACAAUUUCACUAGUCAUCUUUAUGAUGCACUUUGCAAGGCAAACAUUCGAACUUUUAUGGAUCACAAGCUCCACAAAGGAGAUGAUAUCUCACCAAUUCUUUUGAGAACAAUUGAGGAAUCAGAGAUCUCUUUGAUUAUAUUCUCUGAAGAUUAUGCUUCUUCAACAUGGUGUAUGAAUGAACUCAUUCACAUCAUGCAAUGCAAAAGUAAACAUAAAAGGAUUGCUAUUCCUAUUUUCUACAAUGUAGAUCCAUCAAAUAUUCGUAAGCAAAAUGGGAGGUUUGGAGUUGGAUUUGCUAAGCUAAAGCGAAGGUUUAACCAAGAAAAGUUGACACAGUGGAAAAAUGCUUUGUUGCAAUCAACAAGUCUCUCUGGAUGGGAUUCCAAGAGUGUUAGGCCUGAAUCUGAACUUGUUAAAAAGAUUGUUGAAGACGUUUUGAGAAAAUUGAAUCGGAAGUCAUUCGUGCGUGUUGAAGGAUUAGUUGGAUCGAUCAUCAGAUAAGGAAAAUUGUAGGGCUACUACGUGAGUUUCGCCUUGUGGGAAUAUGGGGCAUGGGUGGUAUUGGCAAGACCACUCUUGCCAGAGUUGUGUUUGACAAUUUGAAAGCACAAUUUGAAGCUUUCUGUUUUGUUGAAAAUGUUAGAGAAAAACUAGUAAGAAAAGGAUUGGAUGAAUUGCAGGGACAAUGCCUUAAAGAAUUACUGAAAGAUGAGGAUAUCAACAUUUACAAUAUGAAAUCAGACUUUGUGAAAAGUAGGCUCCAGCAGAAAAAAAUUCUUCUGAUCCUUGAUGAUGUGGACAAGUUCAUCGCAGUUGAAGAUUUGAUCAGAGUAUGUGAAUGGUUUGGGGAAGGAAGUAGAAUUAUGAUCACAUCGAGAGACGAGCAUGUGCUUAAGAAUGCUUGUGCAACAACAUACUCAGUUUCCAAAUUGGAUUCUAAUGAUGCCCUUGAUCUCUUUAGUUCGAAAGCUUUCAAGCAAAAUGAUGAGCUAUAUAAAAGCCAUUUGGAGUUAGUGAAGUGUGUAGUAGAUCGUUGUGAAGGAAAUCCCUUAGCCCUCAUAGUGCUGGGUUGUUUUCUUGAUGGUAGAGGAGAACAAGAAUGGAAAAGUGCUUUGGAUAAACUAAAUCAAACUCCUCACAAUGACAUCAUUAAUGUGCUGAAAUUGAGUUUUGAUGGACUUGAUGAUGAGGAACAGAAAGAAGUGUUUCUUGACUUAGCUUUUUUCAAGAAGGAACAAGUUUUAAUUUCUUUGAACACAAUAAAACAAAUACAUGGCCCUUCUGCACAUAUUAACACAAUUGUUCUUAGAGAGAGAUCCCUCAUUUCAUUUGAUGAUAAACAUCACUAUAUUGAGAUGCAUGGUCUUGUGAGGGAAAUGGGCCUUCAAAUCGCAAGACAACAGCCAUUAUUUGAUCCUAAGCGCCCUGUUCGACUAUGGAGGCCCAAGGACAUUGAUGAUUAUUUUUCCAUGGAUAACAUUAACAAGGGGGAGGAGGCAAUUCGAUGCUUGUCGAUGGACAUGAGCAAGAUAAAAUUGAAGACAUUGAGGCCUAUUAAAUUGCAAAAGAUGAAAAACUUAAUAUACCUUAAUGUUUACAUGUCUGACAAGGAGAAGCCUAUAGAGAUCAUGACUAUUUUUGAAGAUGUGGAUGAUCUUCCAGAGGGACUAAGGUUUCUUAGUUGGGAAAGAUGUCCUCUCUUAUAUGUGCCAUUAAACUUGUGUGCCCAGAAUCUUGUUGAAUUUAAAAUGCAUGAUAGUCAUAUCCAACAACUUUGGAAAGGAGAUGUGCAUUUUCCAAACUUAAAGGUGAUUGAUGUAAGGGAGUCAAGGUAUCUCACAGCACUCCCAGAUCUGUCUCAGGCCCCAAAUAUUGAAAGUUUAUAUGCUCAAGGCUGUGUAAGUUUGGGUCAAAUCCAUUCUUCAAUUGUCCUGCCCAAGCUUUAUGGAUUAAGCCUAGAUGAGGGUGGGGAAAAGCAGAUAAAGAUGGGUGGCACUAUGAAAGGGAGAAGUGUGGGGAUGGUGUUAGUCUUCAAUUAUUUGGAUCUUAAUUGGUGGUGGCCCUCAUUCAAUAAAGUGAGGAUAAAGGUGUUGGUUUGUGAGGAGGGUAGGAUUAUAUAUGGUGUUGAAUAUAAGCACGUGCACAUGCCAUUGAAGAAUAGGGAAAUGGCAGAGCUAAAAAUGAGGGUACAGAGGUUGGUGCGUUUACUUCCAUUUGUUAAGAUAGUUAGAUGGUCAAAUGGUCCAAUGGAGUUUGGGGAUUUCAACCAUCAUUUUACCUCUGACUUCUCUUUUCGUAGAAUGUCACCUAGUACUUUCGGUCUAGAUGUGGAGGUAUGUGGAGGUGGAGAAAGCGAAGAUGAGUGGUGGCCUGACUCAUUAGUAAAUGUGGAGGUAAGGAGAUGUGGUGGAGAAAGCAGAGAGGGGGGGCCAUGGAGAAGAGAAGUGGGUAAUGAUGAUAAUGACGGGGGAGUUGAGCAAGAGGAAGUGUUGAUGCCACAAACAAAUAACACUGAUGUUGAUAUGCCACUAUUCAAAAUUCCCAAUGCCAUUACUCGUUGGUCACUAUUGAAAGAAUUGAUGUUGAAGGAGAGUGAAGUUAUUGGCAAAGCAGGAGACAGCAGCAUUCCUCAAGUUUCAAUUUUGAGAUCACUUUCACUCUCUCACUCUCACAAAACGACUCCGCCUCUCAUGGAUCUAUUACUCCCUCUUCCCAUUCCGCCAUUCGCUCAUGAGCGUUUUCGUAUGGUUUAUUCCUUGCCCUCGAUGGAAGAAUGUGAUUAUUUUGGUGUGUUCCAAUAUCGUUUAUAUUACGGGAUUGGUUGGUUCACUUGUUCACAUCUAUCAAUUUAAAUAGUAUCGUCAUCACUCCAAUUUUAUUGCAAGGUGGUGAUCACUUUAAUUAACACUUGAAUAUUUUUCA